AUGUCUUAUAAUGAAAUGAAAUUUGAAGAUGAAGAAAAUUUUAAAUCAUUAGUAUGUCGAAGAUUAGUCGAAAGUGGUUGGAUGGAUGAGGUUACUAUGUUGUGUAAAGAAAAGUUAAAGAACCGUUUAUCUAAAGGGCAAUCAGUAAAAUCUAUCACAGAAGAUGAUUUAUUCAAUGACAUUGCUCCUGAUGCUAGAAGAAAGUUACCUGAUACAAUCAAAAGAGAAUUAAAAGUAAAAGUACAAAAUAAAUUACUUCAAACAGCUGGAUAUUUUGAUGAAAUAGAUAGCGAAUCUUGAUC